GAAGAUAAGCCAUAUUUAAAGUUAACCUUAUAAUCAUUAAUUUCAGCCUCAAAGUAGAAAUGGGGUUUUAUAAAUGAAUAUCGUUUAAUCUGUAGUAACACUAUUAAAAGUUUGAUUUUAUUGAUAGAAUCAGCUAUCCCAUACAUUCCAAGCUUGUUCCCAAUUAAUGGCUCAUGAUUUAUUUCACCAUGAUUAAACUUUGGAUAUUCUUGUUGAGUUAGCAGCUUCCAUUUAUCUUCACUUAUGGAUUAUCGAGAUUAGUAAAAGAAAGUUUUGUUUGCUUUCAACCUUCCUUUUCUAAAUUAAUCUUAUUUUUAAUAUCCAAUGAAAGCCAGAUAAAUCAUUAUAGAGUUUAACAUGAAACUAUGCAUAAUAUUGGAUGAUAAACCAGAGAAAGUAUGAAAGUAGGUAUAUCAAGAUACAACAUUUCAAUGAAAAAGGAUGAAAGGGAAAGACUCAUAUCUCCCUGUUUACACAGUUUAGAUAUAAUGUUAUAUUGUACAUGUCAAAUUCUUCAAUGCCUAUUAUGUUUAAAGAUUUAUUUCAUGAAGCGAACAUUUAAUUUUUUACAUUU